CCUCAACCUCGACUUCGGUUCUGCUCGACGGUUCACGAAGGCCUUACGCCCCUCACGCUCACCGCAAACGACGCUCACUCAAGACCCUAGGACAAUCUACGAAUACGAACAGUAUGAUCCCUCUCAUCCCCGCUCUUGUCCUCGCCUUCUUGUCCUUCCUCUCUUCCGCCUUCGUCAUUCUCCGCAUCGUCAUUCCCAUUUUGCCACCUCACCCUCUCAGCCGUCGAGUCCGUCCUUCUGAAUUUGGCCUUCCUGACUUCCGUUCUCUUUCCCCGGCAGACAAGAGCCACGUCUGGCUCGCAGCAUGCGACGUCAUAUCCCUCAUCCUCUUCACAUGGCAAGUUGUGAACGAGUACCUCAACGCGUCUAAGGAUUACGAUGCCGCUUCGGACCCUGCCUCCGCUGUCAGGCUUUGGCUAGCCUUGACUCUCAGGCAGACAUGCCUCUUCAUCGUUGCCAUGCUCACGCUCGUCCACGUCCGUAUGGGUCGCUCUGUGGCCCUUGGCAAGGGCCACUGGAUGAUCUGGGCACCGACCGCCCUCCUCGUCAUUACUGGCACCGCGAUCUCAGCAGUGCUGGCUGCAACGAACGUCCCGAGCUUCUUCAUCGGACUGUUCGCAUAUUCAACCACUAUCUCGGUUGCCAGCACAGUUGCCUUCGGAUGUUUAAUGGGCACCUUCGUCAUGAUCAGGCACAACCUCGCCACGCUCAACGAUAUCCGGGACCCUUGGCCCCCGGCUCAGGAGGUUGAGGUGAAGCCCCGCCCAUCCUUUGCGACCGAAGACAUCGACGCUCUGAAGGACGGUAGCUCCUGGAUCACGUCCCGGGCGAGCUCCCACCGCGAGUCCGUUUCCGCGUUCUCAUUCUCGACUCACCACUCCGCGAGGCCGUCGAACGGUAGCGUGCGUAUCAUGCAGAACCCAGCGGGUGCGGCGUCUCAUCCCUCCAUCCCGCCGAAGUCGUCCUUCUGGUUCAACCCCGCCACGCCUUUUACCGGCCGCGACUCGCCUGUGCCCCCGGUUCCCCCGCUCCCGUCGCCUUACCGCAAUGCGCCCGACUCUCUUGACAGUCUCGUCAACGACCCAGACCCGUUCAGGCGCGCUGAGACCCCGCACGAGCUGGGCUCCCAGCCACGCGAUCGUAUGGGCUCCCAGACGUCCUGGCUCACAGAGCCGUCGAUUUACCAGCCUACUCUCUCGGCGUGGUCGUUCCCUGCGACCCGUCCGAGCUCGCCGAUCACGUCCCCCAGCACACCUGGCCCUGAUGUGGGCUUGCUCCCGUCUACGACUGCUCGCUCCACGCCUAUCAUGACUGAGACCCCUGUUCUGGGUGGAUAUGGGUACGAUGCUGAGAAGAUGCAAGUAAGCAUGUCUUCUACUUCUUCUGGUGAUGUCGACGUCGACGUGCCCCGGACUGUCGCGUGGCUGGCGUCCAUUUGGUUGCCAUUCGUGUUUUCGACCCCGUACCUGCUGAUCACUAACUUCUCCUCUCCAAUUGCGUCCUCCGCUGUGUCUAUCUUGUUUGUUCUGUCGGUUACGAUGUCUUCUCCUCUCCUCGCUCUGCAUGUUCUGUGCAAAUCGCCGCUGCCUAUUCCGUCCGGUCUUUUCGAGACAUACAGCGAGCCACCUUCUGCUGCCAACCGUGCGCCUUCCCCCACAAGCCUGGCGCCGUCGUUCAAGUUCUCUCACGAGUACAAGCGCAGUGGUAGCGUGACCGUCGUCGAAGGCCGUCGCAGCGGUGACGUCUGGGUGUCCAAUGGCGACGCAACUGACGGGAAGAACAAACUGCAGCGUGCAGUUGGUCUCCUCCAGCCUGUCCCCAAGCUGUCUGUGCUCCCGAUCAACGACGUGCCCGAGCCGAUGCUCACGCCGCCGCUCCCCAUCCAGAAUGAGGAGGAUGCUCCUACGAUCCCGCCCACGCCGCAGUCGGAGAACUAUGCAGAGUUCGGACAGCACCGCACGCGCAAGGAAUCGAAGGCAUCGUCUUACUACUCCGGUGCUUCCGCUGAGGCGCACUUGCAGUCGCAGAUCUUCAUCGCGCAGAAGCACUACUCGACUCUCGCAACGAAAAUGGUUCUGCCCCCGUCGCCGGAUCGACGUGCCUCGUUCGAUGACGCUCCCGUCGGUGCAGCUACUGGUGUCGAGGCCGAGCCCAAGGAAGCCUCCCGUGGGUCUCAGCACCUACGAACGCGCUCGGUGUCCUCGAUCAAGGACCCCCGCGAGACUCACUUCCCGAUGAGCCCGCCGCCGUCUUUGCCUCUGCCGCCAACUCCCCCGUCCAUGCGGGAGCUCAGGGAGCGCCAGGCGAAGCUGUUGACCCACCGCAAGACCCAGUCGCACUCGUCGUCCGUGAUCAACUACUCAUUCCGACCUGUGGACGAUGACAACGUCGCCGAGAUCGACGCGCUCUCCGCUGGCCUCCUGCCGAUCCUCGUGCCUGGCCUGAUGGUCGGUUCUGAUGUGAGGGUGCGUGAGUGGACGUGGGACUCACCUGCGUCGAUCGCGAGCAGGACAAGCAGCAAGUACACGAAGUUGGGUAAGACGUCUAAGGGCCACAAGGCUGUACCCUCUGAGCUUGGGGGCUUGUCGUCUGAAUUCCCCUCGCCGGAACUGCACUCGACUCCGCCCGCGCGUCGUGCGAAGACUAUGCAGCGUGAUCGGAAGAUCUCUGCGCAUAAGAGGAACCACUUCAGUCUUCCUAGCCUUGGCAAGGAUGGUCUGCACACCCUAUCGAUGUGGCGCAACGAAUUGAACCAGGCCAUCGAGGGUGCCGUUCGUCAUUACACAGCUGCGACGGGGAGUGACAGUAGGAGGAACACCGUUUACGGCGGUGAGAUGUUUACAAACGCGAUUUCCGGCCUGAACAUGGUCGACGAACGCGAGGAGCUCCUGCGGCCUACUUCCCCUGUUGUUGUAGUGAAGGCUGAGGCUCGCCCGGUGUCGACUGGCACAUUCGGCCAGCCGCCUCCCUCUCCAGAGGAUGUCCCCGCCAACGUCAACCCGGCUCGUAACUCCCUCGCGACGUUGAUCACUGCGCUAGACCAGGAACUGCGCCUACCGCCGCCGUCGUCUGCGGCGUCGGACGUUACGCUGUUCGACUUCGAUACCACGACCGGUCCCGUGGCUGAGAGUACGCCGCACGAGUCCAAGACACGCUCGAGGCCCUCGUCCUACCAGCCUCCCCCGCCCGUCCCUCAGCUCCCUAACGGCACGAAAUCUAGCCGCCGCUCGAGUAUCGUCUACAUCAAGUCAGACGAGAACUCGCCGCCAGCGCCGAAGCCCGCCGCAGUUGCGUCCAAGUCUAUCUCUCAAUGGCCGUCUCGCGCAGUGAAACCGCUCAUGCCGAAGAGCAGGGCACACAAGAUCGCUAAGGAAUUUGUCGAUGGUAAACAAGGGUCGCCCCCAGGCCUGCGCCCGCUCUCGCUCCUGCAGGACAGGGACGUGAAUUCACCUAUCAAAGAGAUACGCGCGCUGAGCAUCGGGAAGAAAUCCAAGCACGUCAACGACGAAAACGCCGACCCAAACCCGAAAGGCAAGGGCUUGAAGCCCCUGAGGCUCGCAAGAAAAGACACCACGAAAGAACGCGCUGCGCUGCGGAAGUCUGAGACGCUCCCCGAUGUGGUCGUCCGCCCUCCCUCGCAAAGCCAGCACAACGGAUUCGGUUACACAUUCGCCCUGUGACGAAUGAACGCUCUCGAUUCGCUGAACUCUGUUUCUUGUUGAUACCAUUAUGUUGUGAGUUAUGUUUGUUCGAUACGCUUUCGUCGCUUUCCACGCUUGCUCUCUACGGUGACGUGUCUAUGCUAUGCUCUCCUCUCUCCUCAUCGGUUAUUGUGUAAAUCAGUAUAGCUAUACUGUGAAGUACUAUCCCUAUGCUCUCCCUCUCUAGUUUUGUCUCUGCUGUCGAUGUUUUCCUCUCUGCUUGCUUUCUUUUGCCCUGCUGUGCCAGA